AACCUGGCCGGGAACGUGGCUGCUGAUGGAUGUUUCCUAGAUCUCGACGUUCCAAAGUCCAAACCUUCCAAAACAGUACUACGAUGCAGAGACGACAGCUGAAGCAGUAGAGACUAGCCAGCUUGAGACAGAUAACCAUGGCGUCCUCCUCCCACUUCCACUCCCAGUCCCACCAAGAAGAGGAAGAAGAGGACGAGCAUGGCCACGGCGGCGGCCAUGGCGACCAGAUCACCGCCCCACUCCUCCCGAACCGGCCGUCAACGUUGCAGAACUCGCCGGAGCGCCACGACGACGGCCAUGGCAGAUCGUCGGAGAACUCGCCGAUCGAGCAGGUGGCGCUGACGGUCCCCGUGGGCGACGACCCGGACACGCCGGUGUUGACGUUCCGGAUGUGGGUGCUGGGCAUGGCGUCCUGCGCCGUGCUCUCCUUCCUCAACCAGUUCUUCUGGUACCGCAAGGAGCCGCUCACCAUCACCGCCAUCUCCGCGCAGAUCGCCGUCGUGCCGCUCGGCCGCCUCAUGGCCGCGGCGCUGCCAGAGCGGGCCUUCCUCCGCGGCUCGCGCUGGGAGUUCACCCUCAACCCAGGGCCGUUCAACGUGAAGGAGCACGUGCUGAUCACCAUCUUCGCCAACGCCGGCGCCGGCACCGUCUACGCCAUCCACGUGGUCACCGCCGUCCGCGUCUUCUACGGCAAAAACCUCACCUUCUUCGUCUCCCUCCUCGUGGUGCUCACCACGCAGGUGCUCGGGUUCGGGUGGGCGGGGAUUUUCCGGCGGUACCUCGUGGAGCCAGCGGCCAUGUGGUGGCCGUCCAACCUCGUGCAGGUCUCCCUCUUCAGGGCACUCCACGAGGAUGAAAGGCGGCGAAAAGGGGGCUUCACGCGCAACCAGUUCUUCCUGGUGGCGUUCGCCUGCAGCUUCGCAUACUACGCCUUCCCAGGCUACCUUUUCCAGAUGCUCACCUCACUCUCCUGGAUCUGCUGGGUGUUCCCCAACUCAGUGUUCGCCCAGCAGCUCGGCUCAGGUCUCCACGGGCUCGGCAUCGCCGCAAUCGGCCUUGACUGGGCAUCCAUCUCCAGCUAUCUAGGAAGCCCUCUCGUCAGCCCCUGGUUCGCCACUGGGAAUGUCGCUGCAGGCUUCUUCAUCGUCAUGUACAUCAUCGUGCCUAUUGGGUACUGGUUUGAUUUCUACAAGGCGCAGACCUUCCCCAUCUUCUCUUCCGGUCUUUUCACCUCCGGCGGGCAGAAGUACAACAUCUCAGCUAUCGUGGACGACAAUUUCCAUCUAGAUACAGAGGCAUAUGAGAAAAACGGUCCACUGUACCUCAGCACUCUCUUUGCUGUCACAUAUGGUAUCGGUUUCGCGUCACUUACCGCGACGAUUGUUCAUGUCCUCCUGUUCCAUGGAAGGGAAAUUUUGCAGCUAAGCAGAUCAGCUUUUCAAGGGAAAAGUGUGGACAUACAUACAAAGCUAAUGAGGAGAUACAAGCAGGUCCCUGAGUGGUGGUUCAUCUGCAUCCUUGUAGUUAACAUUGCCGUCACUGUAUUCGCUUGCGAAUACUACAUAGAGCAGCUCCAGCUGCCCUGGUGGGGUGUGUUACUUGCAUGCGCCAUUGCAUUUUUCUUCACCCUCCCAAUUGGAAUUAUCACAGCAACAACAAACCAGACCCCAGGACUGAACAUCAUCACAGAGUACAUCAUCGGGUACUUGUACCCCGGACGACCCGUCGCAAAUAUGUGCUUCAAGGUAUACGGUUAUAUCAGCAUGCACCAAGCUCUGAUGUUUCUGCAAGAUUUUAAGUUGGGCCACUACAUGAAGAUUCCCCCAAGGACCAUGUUUAUGGCUCAGGUGGUCGGAACAACGAUCGCGGCAUUCGUGUACCUUGGGACAGCAUGGUGGCUGAUGGACACAAUCCCCAACAUCUGCGACAUUGAGCUACUCUCAGCGGGCAGCCCUUGGACCUGCCCCGGUGAUCAUGUGUUCUAUGACGCGUCGGUCAUAUGGGGUCUUAUUGGCCCGCGCAGAAUAUUCGGGGACUUGGGAACUUACGCGGCAGUGAACUGGUUCUUCUUGGGGGGAGCCGUCGCCCCGCUCCUCGUAUGGUUAGCGCACAGGGCAUUCCCAGGCCAGAACUGGAUCGUACUCAUCAACAUGCCCGUGAUGCUGGGUUCCAUCUUCCAGAUGCCACCCGCCACAGCAGUUAACUACACCACAUGGAUACUGAUUGGGUUUCUAUCAGGUUAUGUGGUAUAUAGAUAUCGACGUGACUGGUGGGAGCGACACAAUUAUCUGCUUUCAGGUGCACUAGAUGCUGGUUUGGCAUUCAUGGCCGUGUUAAUUUACCUGUGCCUAGGCUUGGAGAACAUCAGUUUGAACUGGUGGGGAAAUGACUUGGAUGGAUGUCCCUUGGCUUCUUGCCCCACUGCUAAAGGUAUAGUUGUCAAGGGCUGCCCAGCGUACAACUAAGCAUCUUCUCAUCUGCGGCGGCCGACGCUGGAAAAAUUGGAAUUGUGAGCAAGCAGAGAUCGAUGUAAAUAGCGAAUGUUUGUUUGGACCUUUUAAAGAUGAGAAAUGGGUUUUAUUUUA